GCGGUCGGGGCGAGCCCCGCCCGGCCCUGCGCAGCCACGAGGCUGUGCCGGCCCUUUGUUCCCGGGGGUCCGCGGCCGCCCCUCCGCACGGCCGGGGCGGGCUGAGCCCGCCGGGAGGCGGCGGGAGCUGCGGCCAGCAGGAUGCCAUGGGGAACUGCUGGGCGCAGUGGUGCUGCGGGCUGUUCCUGCGGAGGGAUGCCGGCCGCAUCCAGCGCGGCGGAGGAUCCAAGUAUUUUAGAACGUGUUCAACAGGAGAACACUUCACUAUAGAGUUUGAGAACCUGGUGGAAAGUGAUGAGGGGGAGAGCCCAGGAAGCAGUCACAGGCCUCUGACUGAGGAGGAAAUUGCAGACCUGAAAGAGAGACACUAUGACUCCAUUGCUGAGAAGCAGAGGGUUGUUGAUCUGAAGCUUCAGUCAGAGUUAGCCUUACAAGAGGAGAAGUUAAGACUAGAAGAGGAGGCUUUAUAUGCUGCACAACGUCAAGCAGCCAGGGCAGCAAAGCAGAAAAAGCUCUUGGAGCAACGUAGGCAGCACAGGAUAACACAGCAGAGAGCACAUGCUGUUAACAAUGGAGAGUUCCAGAGCUAUGUGGCAGAGGAGGACCUUGAUCCUUUCCUGAGGAAUACAAAAUUCCAGUAUGAAGCUUUCCGAAGCAGCAGGCUUUCAUCUGAUGCCACGGUGCUGACACCCAACACGGAGAGCAGUUGUGACUUGAUGACCAAAACCAAAUCAGUGAGUGGGAAUGAUGACAGCACCUCCUUGGAUUUAGAGUGGGAGGAUGAAGAAGGCAUGAACAGGAUGAUCCCGGUGCGGGAGCGCUCCAAGACGGAGGAGGACAUCCUGCGGGCGGCGCUGAAGUUCAACAGCAGGAAGCCAGGGAGCCACCCGGCCUCAGCCUCUGACGAUUCCAACGGGCUGGAGUGGGAGAACGACUUCGUCAGCGCCGCCGCCGCCCUGGACGACAACGGCAACUCCGAGUACGCCGGCUUCGUCAACCCCGUGCUGGAACUGUCGGCCUCGGACGUCAGGCUGGCGGAGUGCGAGCGCCAGGACAGAUAGUGCCCAUCCCUGCCUGUCCCCAAGUGCUGGAAAGGGAAGUGGAACCCGCGAGGCCGCUCUGCUCUUUUGGAACCCGCUGCCCUUUUUCUGACGGGGAGCGGCUCGCUGUCUGAAUUCAGAACUAAGUGCAAUUUUAUCAUCUACCUUCUCCACUUUUGUGAAAACGGUUGUGUAUAUUUCUGGGUAUCUGGAUUUAAUAUGAAAUUAUCUGCACUAAAUUGGAGCUUGGUAGUUUUGACUUCUCUGUAUUUUAACUUGCCUUUUUUUUCUGGAUGAUGUUUCUAUUGAUUUUGUUUUAACAUUGAUCAUUGGCCUAAUAUAUAUCUCAGAAACAGUCCUCUAUAAUUUAAUACAGUCCUCCUUAAUUUAAUACUUGAAGAUAGAGAAAUAAUUUUAAAAUAUUUCUAUUUCUGUGCUUUUUGACUUGCUCUUCAGCUGUUUAGAGGGUGCAAAAGUAAGAGCUGCAAAACAAAUCUGACAUGUGGCAAAUUUGCAGAUUUUCCCCUGUCUAGCUAAAGCCUUCCUAGUCUUCUGUUGUCAGUUUCCCAUUAGUUUUAUUUUUUUAACUACUUUAUGCCAAGCACGGUUAACCUCAAAGAACACAGUAGAACUCAUCAGGUUAGGUAAGGUACCGCCUUGUAUAAUAAUAUGCCAGACUUAGUAAGCGUGUGCUAGAUAGAAAAGCAAAACCUAAAUAUAAAUUCUCUUUAUGUGUCAAUAAAAUGGGAAUUUUAACCAGUGGAGAACUGGGAGGACCAAAGUCUUGUUUUCCCAGCCCCCCUGAACAGACCGACCUUUGUUGCUCCGUGGUCCUUAAAAUUCUUCAGUUGUGGAAAAUUUAUAAUUCCACUGGACCAGAACAGUUAUGGAAGAGCAACAUCCAGUGAGCAAACUGGGGGAGGGAUGAUGGCUCUGCUCCCAGCGGGGAGGGAAGAACAAGAACCUAAAGACUGAAUUUCUACACCUGCAUUUUGAAAAGAAAGAAGAAAAAUUCAUGUUUUAACAGUGUGUUAAAGUGCUCUGCCUUUCCUGUGCCUCUGAAGUGGAUGGUUAAUCCUGCCAAUACGGGCUGAAAUCCCAGGAGGUGUUCAGUGACUGCACCACUGCUGUCCUGUGCUGUGUGGUCUCCCCCCCGGUAUUCCAUGUCAGUCUUACUUUUUAACUAAAGAGAACCUGCAAAGUACUUGCAGGUCUCAAGCUUUCCCCAAAGUUUCAAAGUAAAGCCAUUCUACUCUGCCAUUAUUUUGUGCAGCUGUCUUGUUUUUCCAGGGGGAAAAAGGUGACAGGGUUUAACUUUGUUUUGGAGUAAAAGGAACACGUUGUGGUAAGUAAUGAACCUGCUCUGUCAAUCAUCAGAACUGAAUUUGUUGGUGAAAGCUAUGUGAAAAAUGUGGUUUAGCUCAUCUGAAGCUAUUUGGAAUAUUUGGACCAUUGCAGUGUGGAUAAGGAACAGAAAUCCUGCCCACUGGGGUUAAAUGUGUACAAAUAACCCUAGAGAACAGAUGAGCCCUGUUGGUAACAUUCCAUCUCUUCAUUUCAGUUGUAGCUAUGUCUCUGAAAAUAUUUUACUGCCAUUAUUUCCAUUUGCAAUACUUGUAAUGAGCUUUAAAGACCUGUACACAUCAAAUGUAUAUUUUGGGUUUGGCCUAAGCUACUGCUGUGUGACUUCUCCUGGACAUUUGUUUGUAUAGUAUAUUCCUAUGGGAAGGAAGGCAACCUCCUCAACAUGUAAAUAACAUGUUUUUUACCUGCUGAAACUGUCACCUCCCCUGCACUGGUCACUGCUCCUCCUGGCCAGGGAACAUGAGGUGACCUUGUCCUGACCAUGCCUUGAGGAAGUGAAUUAGCUGACAGUCCUGCCCUUGGGAUGAACAAGCACUGAGGAAAAAGGAGGCUGACUCCAGCUUUUUCUGUGAUGGGCAUGUUCGGUAGCCAUGGUUGAUGAUAACACGUGCAGAGCUCAGUGCAGCACGCUGGGUGACUGUUGAAGUGAUGCUCCAUCUCUGGGUACUUGAGAAAUGGAGGGAUUCUACAAACAGCUCAUGUGAAGCAGUUCCAGGGUACUGUAAAAUGCCUAUCUGUACAAAUUCAAGAGUCAUUAAAAUUUUCAGCAAGUCUUA